AUGGACGCCGACGCAGCGGCUGCGCACACGCAGGCACAGCUCCUGCAUUCACAGUCCUUCUGUCCCGAGAACGUGCAGCACAACGCCAAGCAGCUCUACUACAUAAGGUCCGUAUUUACCUCCGUCGCUGGCUCCGCCGCGGGCGUGCUGGGCCUCACGAACCUCGACGGCUUCUACUUCUACGCCGCCUCGCUCCUCGUCGCCAACGUGUGCAUCCUCCUCGUCAAUGCCCAGGCCCGGCCCUCGAGGUACCUCGUCUCCUUCAACCCCGUCCCGGCACCCGUCACUGGUGAGAAAGCAACAUCCAGCGCACCGCGGCAGAGCGGCGGCGGCGUGCAGGCGCUGGGCCUGGCCAAGUUCCUCAUUGACGGGCUGCAGGAGAUGGCCUUUGGCUAUGUCCUCUGGUGGACGCUCUGGACCGGAUUGAUCCAUGUGUACGACUAA